CUUUGGUUCAGCGAACCACUUGCUUGAGUUGUUGACGGCGUGUUUUCCUGUCUUUCCUUUCAGACCGGGUGUCUUUUUCCUUCCUUCUUUUCAAUUGACCACCUAUUCAUCCUUUCUGAGUCCAUCUUUUCAAGCGCUUCAGUCGCUCAUUCCAAUAUCCAACGCUUCUUCGACAUUCGUCCCAGACAAGUUAUUUUUUUCGAAAUCGACCACCCUCGUUAACCUCCUCCAUUUUCUGACAUCCACCCGUUGAAAACAUGUUCUCAAAACUCGGCCUCCUCACUUUUGUUUUGCUCGCCACCUCGGACGCGGUUCUCGGACGAGAGCGCUGGUUGGAACGCGACAACCGUCCCGUCUACCUCUACCCCCGUCGCUUCGGACAAGAGCAACCUGAAGUUUUGAACAAGCUCAGGAAUGCCUGCCCCGGUGAAGUCUGUGGUACCCUCGCUGGCAAGGCCGUCACUCCGUUGUUGGCUGCGCAGCCCGAGUGCUCUCAGCAAGACUUGGCAGAUGAAAUCAUUGAUGCCAGUCGACAAUUCGAUGCCGCUACUCAGGCCAACAUGAUUGCCAUCGCCCAGGAGUACCGCCAGGCAGAGAAGAACACUCCCCCCGACUUCUCCACCAGCCCUCCCACCCUCCGAAACUCCGUCUUCUGCCAGAAGGCUCCCAAGAACCCAGAGUUGAACGGUCUCGUUCAGGCCCAGGAUCCCAACAACGAUCCCGAUAUUUUCUUCGACCCUGCCUUGGGUAGGUCCGUUCGAAAGGGCGAACAGGCCAACACCUUCCCAUUCGGAGGUGCCGCUGCUCCUGCUCCUCCCCCUCCCGAACCCGCUGCCGGUGAAGAUGUGAACGAGGACUGCCCUGUCGAAGAAGUCGUCACUGUCACCGUCACUGGCGCCAACCCUACCGCCACUGCUGAUGUUACCGUCACUGCAGGCCAGCCUGCUGCCACUGGUGUUCCUGGAGGCGUCGACUUUGGUCGCUGCACUGUUCCCGAGAUCGAGUUCGGUCCCAACUUUGACAACCGACGGGAGACCAGCUUCCGACCGAAGGAUCCUCAGUCGUUCUCUCAAGGGUCGGCUCAGAAUAUCAACAUCAUCACCCGUGCCAUGUGCGACCAGUUGACCAACACCUGCGGCGCCAAUCAAGCUGCUAAGGAUCUUUGCGCUCAAGCUCAGCAAGCUGCUGCCGCUGCCACCCCCGAGAAGACUGGUAUCCAGGCUGAUGCCUUCAACGCUGUCUUUGGUAUCACCACGAACUUCGCCACCGCUACUGUCAUCGAUGACCAAGGUCGUAUCGUCUCGGGAGGCUCUAACGCUGUUCCUGCUCCUGCUCCUGCCCCCGCCGCCCCCGCACCUGAGGGCAACACUGGCAAUACUGGAAACAACGGCAACACUGGAAACAAUGGCAACAACGGCAACACUGGAAACAAUGGCAACAACGGCAACACUGGCAACAACGGCAACAACGGAAAUGGUGCCAUUGGCAACUUUGGUAGCUGCUCUGUCCCCGAGAUUCGCUUCGCCCAAGGCCUCGAUGGUCGUCGCGAGACUGCUUUCGAACCCGUUGACAAGGCCUCCUUCAACCACGGCUCUGCUCAGAACGUCAACAUCAUCACCCAAUUCGUCUGCGAUUCUUUGGUGAAUACCUGCGGUGCUGAUCAACAGGCCCGGGACACUUGCGCUCGUGCUCGUACCGCUGCCCAGGCUGCAGCUGUCGGAACCGGUGCUCAGGCUGAUGCCUUCAACGCUGCAUUCGGCAAGCAAACGAACUUCGCUUCCGUCCAAGCCUUCGACAACCAGGGCCGACCUGUUGGCAGUGCUGAACCCGUCCAAAACAACGGUGGCAACAACAACAACGGCAACCAGAACAACAACCAGAACCAGAACAAUCAAGGCAACAACAACAACAACGGUGGAGCUGCUCAAGGCGGUAACAUCCAGGCUUUCGCCGGUGCAUUGGGUGGUGUCCGCGCUCCCGCUGUCACUGACAUUGGUGGUGGACGCUUCCAAGUCGAAGGCAACGCUGCUUUUAACAACCGAAGGAACGCCCUCGUCCGCUCCUGUGACGUCCAGAACAACCAGUGUGCCAACGCUGCCAACGCAUCUGGAAAUCAGAAUGGAUUCAACGUCCAGGCUUGCAAUGCCCAACAGGCACAGUGCAUUGCCCAGGCCGGCAACUAA